GAACAACAUCCGCUACAACACUUCUCUAUUCCGCAAAGCAAUCCCCGGCCCAGUCCCAGUUCGCACAUCAACCAUCUAACAAAUUUCUCAACAUGGGCUGGCUCGGUACUCUUCGACCUGUGUAUGGCGACCACGCGAGUGACAAACCCGACAACACCAUCCCAGUCCUCAACAACGACAACGGGGACAUUAAUGCCGGCUAUGGUGGAAGAUUCGUCUGGCUGGUCGCCCAAUACCACGAUGAGCGAGGCACGGGGAUCUCCGACAUCCGAGUCGUCUUCUCCGACCACGCCCGCGAGGGAGCCCUGGAUCUGGCCAAGGGAGCGGGCGGGUUGUAUCGCUACCUGGAAUUUCGCUAUGGCGGCGAGGGCGAGCGGCAUGUGAAGCAGGUGGUGCUUGCGCGGCGGAGCGAGCCAAUGACCGCGGCCACCGCGCAGAGGCUGGGCUUUCAGGACUUCAGCGACAAUAUCGACCACGGGCGCCGAUCGUUCAUUUACCUGCUGUGGAAUUAUUGAUCAGUACUCUCUUUGAGCGAUCGGUGAAUUGGUGAUCGGAGGGCAUGAUAUGUUGUUCAACUGCUGUGUAUUCAAAGGGAUCCGAGGUGAGGGAGUGUGGAGUUGAGAAUAAGAUAGUAGAGAAAUUCUUAACACUCGCGAUGUG